ACGUGUACCCCACCCAGCACACUAUGGAAAGGGGCGGAGUGAUGAGGGACGAGUGGCAGUGGUCCCCACAGUGCCGACAACCAUCGCAGCCCAUGCAUGGCGGGUUGUCCGCUCCCUCGCCCAUGUCGGUGACGCGGUCUGCUGCCGAGCCCUCACCUUUGAUGGCAGAUGUGCAAGGAGAGGAUAUGGAUGCGGGGUGGCCUGUCCACAGUGCAACUUCAUCGCCUGCCGGCUUGCAAGGUUGUUCCUUUGGUGGCGAGGAAGAUGACUUGGUUGGCAACGAUGAAGUUGAAGGUGAUGGCGGUGACAUUGAUGGGCAAAACUCUGACAACGCGCAGGAGGAUAGGGACAGUGCUACUGUUGGCCAGAGAGAUGGGGCCGAGAAUGUGCCACUAGGCUUUGAGAAAGCUCUGUGGGAAGCGAUGGAGUGGAAACUCAAUCGGCCAUCCAUCAAGUGUGACAAGACGCUGGCGUCCGAGAACUUGCCAGGUAAUGCGGGGGGGAAUUCAACGAGCGGCGGUCCAGCACAGCCGCCGUUGGGGAGGAGCGCUUCCGACGGCAAAGCAACAGAGGAUUCGGACCAAGCAGCGAAGACCCGGAGGGCGAACACCGGCAAAACCAGGAUGGACAACACGAUCAGCGGUGGGCCAGCAUUGGGUAGGGUGAUGGAGGACGCGACACGGUCGUACGGCGAGGGUUUGGAUAAGGCCGCUGCCACUCUGGCGAAGGCAACGUCAGAGGCAGGCUCGGCGAUUGCGGCGAAGAUCGGUGAUGUGGCAGAUGCCAUGCGUGGCGGGAACACUGUCCUUGAGAUGCUCGUGGGGGUUCUCGUGAGGCGCGGAGGUGGGGGGAACAGUGUGGUCGACAGGAAAGAGGUUGUCGUGCAGGAGACCCGGUUGGAAUGGGGAACGGGGCGCCAUCGAAACAUGGAUUGGGGACCCAUUGUCAUCAACGAGCACACGCACGUUUACUACUCGCUUGUUAAUGGCCUCCUCGCGAUGAGGAUGGUGGCCGGGUUAGGGUACGAGCGGGAUGGCAGCCUUGCGGAGGUCGUCUUGUUCGUGAAGAGGUUGUCGAAUGUUGUGCCGGACUCGUGGCUUGGCCCGUGCCCUGAUGUCGUCGGGGACAUCGUCCGCUAUCUAGUCUCCGCCAUCGCCGAAGAGCACGUGGGGACCAGUAGCAACAACGCGUGCUAUGUGGCGCACAUGGAGCCUCCACUUCGGGAGAGAGGCUACCUGCAUGGGGCGGUCCAGUUUUGGUGCUCGGAGGAUGACCUCAGGGCUGCGUGUAGCAGGUGGUAGCCCGCCUUCCAGAGAGAGAGAGAGAGAGAGAGAGAGAGAGAGAGAGAGAAAUUGGCGGUGGAGGACAUGUUUGCACGUGGGCGACGAUGACCGGAUAACGCUUGACCCGCCGCGAUGGCCACAUGUGGGCCGUUUUUUUUUGUCGUCAUGAGGGUUGGACGCAGCAUUAAUGCUGCGUCGUUGAACAAUUACAUUCCAAUUC